AUGCAUCACCUAACGAGCUCAACGCUGCUCUGCUUCACCGUCUUACUGGCAUCCAUAUCUGCCGCUCCCUCCAAAGCCCACGGGAACUCCUACAAAGUCCAUCGCCAGGCUAUUGGUUCGGGACCCAAGGAUGGUGUGAUGGUACUGGAGAAGGCAUAUCGAAGACGCAAUUGGACGCCUCCGGAAGGCUUAACCGCGGCCGUUGCAUUUCACGCAGAUGUCGUCGCCAACCCGGUACAUUCAACAAUCAAGGAAGAUGUCGCCGUUGGAGGAGGUGGCACGGGUGCUGGAACAGUCACCGCGAAGGUCUAUGGAUCCAAUACCGAGUAUUUGUGCCCCGUCCAAAUCGGAGGGCAGACGUUUAACAUGGACCUUGAUACGGGCUCUGCGGAUUUUUGGGUUCUCAACACGGCUUUGCCAGCCGCUGAUCAGACACGCCACGAUGCCAUCUACAGCCCAUCUGACUCUAAAUCUUUCAAUAGCAUUCCAGGCGCCUGGUUUGACGUUGCAUACGGGGAUAAUUCAAGCACAAGCGGAAUCGUGGGCAAUGAUACCGUGCGGAUAGGGACCAUCACUGUGGUGGGCCAAGCGGUGGAACUGCCGAGCACUGUCAGUUCGCAAUUCAGCGGCGACAUCAACUCGGACGGCAUCGUUGGUUUGGGGUUUUCGCAAUUUGGUAGCAGCAUCAGGCCAUCGCCAAUGCCAACCUUCUUCGAAAACGCAGCAUCCAAGCUCAAGGAAAAGGUUUUUACCGCCAAUCUAAAGGCUGGAAUCCCAGGCCAAUACGAGUUUGGCACAAUCGAUGCUUCAGCCUACCAGCCCCCCCUUACAUACACCGCGGUCAACAGCUCUGGUGGUCUUUGGCAGUUCGAUCUUAGCCAGUACGCCGUUGCCGAUGACCUAUAUGGAGGCGUUGCAAGUCCUGCGAUCGCGGACACAGGCUCGUCGCUCCUGAUGCUGGACCCAGCCAUCGUAAACAACUACUACGCGAAAGUCCCAACCAGCACGGACGACCAACAGGGGAAGAUAUUUCCGUGCGAUACAGCGCUCCCUGAUUUCAGCUUCGGCAUUGGAAAGUCUAUGGCUACGAUAUCAGGCAGCCUCCUGAAUUACACAUCAGUACCGGGAACUUCAGACUGUUACGGAGGCAUUCAAUCAAAUCUCGGUCAUGGGCUAAAUGUACUUGGCGAUAUAAUGUUUGCCUCACAGUUUGUCGUCUUCGAUGCUGGUGCGAUGCGGAUUGGAUUUGCUCCUCAUGCAUAG